UUAAGGUUCAAAAGGCCUCAGUGCAUCGAGUAAGUAACGAGGGUAUAAUCGUCAAUUCGCAGGACAAGGGUUUUGGCGCGUCUAGAGAGACGGUGCUUUCGUAGAAAAAAAGGAAAUUUCCAUUGAUUCGCCACUCUCGCCAUUCUCUCUCUCUCUCUCUCUCUCUCUCUCUCUGUAAAACCCAAAGGCAGAGUUUUUCUUAGUGUUCAACAAAUUUCUCAGCUUUCUUUCACUCUUUUCUCUCUAGGGUUUUAACAAAAGUCUGGUUUUUUUGACUCGAUUUCAUAAGCUUUUCAGGUGAUUCUUGGCUGUGGGUCUCGAUUAGUAGUUCUAGUAGAAUCCGAUUCGAAACCAUGUCUCUUGUUGAAAACUCUUCUCUUGAACCACAAUCCAAAAGACGUAAGAUCGAUACAGAGAUCAAAGAGUCUCCAUCUCGUAAUUGCGAACACUGGUUCGUCCGCAACAAAAUCUGUAUCUCCUGCAAUACAACACUGGACAAAUACGAUGGAAGAUCUUUUGAUUAUCUCUACAAAGGAAUGCAUAUGAGUCACGAAGCUUUAGUUUUUACAAAACGGGUCAUCUCUCAAACCUCUUGGCUUGAAGACAAGAAGCUUCACUUAGUACUUGACUUGGACCACACGCUUGUUCACACCAUUAAAGCUUCACAGCUUUAUGAAUCUGAAAAGUGUUUAACAGAAGAGGUUGGAUCGAGGAAAGAUUUAUGGAGAUUCAACAGUGGGUUUCCUGAUGAAUCAUUGAUAAAGCUGAGACCUUUUGUUCACCAGUUUCUGAAAGAAUGCAAUGAGAUGUUCUCCAUGUAUGUUUACACAAAGGGUGGUUGUGAUUAUGCUCAGGUUGUGUUGGAGUUGAUUGAUCCGGAGAAGAUUUACUUUGGAAAUCGGGUUAUAACGAGAAGAGAGAGUCCUGAUUUGAAGACGCUUGAUCUUGUGUUGGCUGAUGAACGUGGGGUUGUGAUUGUUGAUGAUAAGUGUAGUGUUUGGCCUCAUGACAAGAAAAACUUGCUGCAGAUCGCAAAGUACAAGUAUUUUGGAGACCAAUCUUGUUCAUUUUCAGAAUGUAAGAAUAAGAGAGAUGAGAGUGAGGAGAAAGGACCAUUGGAUAUUGUUUUGAGAUUCCUCAAGGAUGUUCACAAUGAAUUCUUCUGUGACUGGUCGAGGAAAGACUUGGAUUCAGUGGAUGUGAGGCCGUUGCUAAAAGAGAUUUCUUCGAGAUGGAAGCACAAAGCGGAGGUUGUGGUUUGAAAUUUAAGUGUUGAUUCAUUAUUUAUUAUAUUAGAUAUUGAUGGUAGUCCUUAUUGUAAAGGAGGUACGUUUAGGCGUUUAGAAAAUGUAAUAAGAUAUGACUUUUGAUUCAGAUUCAAUCUAUAAUGCUUUACUGAAAAAUGUAUGCCGUUCUUAUGGAUGGUACUUACAGAAAAUUACUCACAAUAAGGAUCGAUGUUUCUGGUUCUAACAACAUUUAGUGAGACAAGAAACAUAUAAUGAGAUUAAAACUUGAAAUUGAAAAGUGAUGCAGCUCUCUGCUCAGUCAACUUCCCAAAAGACAAAGAGCACCUUUGUGUUUCAUCCUUGAGUACAAUGAUUAAUGAUGUUUGUGUUCUCCUCAAUGUAUGUACGUGAAACAUCUCUGAUUUGGAGACAGUCUUGUCUUGUAACAGAACAAACAUGGAUAGAGAAAAGAGUUAUAUCAUGAAACUGAAUUUUAGUCUUGAGUUUCCUUUUGAGCUCUUAUAAUAGGCAUGAAGCAGUCUUAGCUACAACUUCCUCUUGCAGCUUCUUUCUUUCCAUAAGCAUCUCAAUUCUUAACAAAAGCUUUGUACAUGCAGAUUCAAUCUAGUAGGUUUUAAGUGCUUACGUUACGUUGU